GUCCGACACGGACUUUUCCGGCUCCGAACUGUACCAUGUGUGCCGAGAAGUGUGACAUGCGCCGUAAGUACUAACGUGAAAUCUGGAGUCGAGACCAAACAUUCUAGUAGUAGCCAUCCGGACGUGGACAGGUCCUAGAUGAAGCACUCGAGCUAGAGGUAUCUCUGCUUCCCAAAAUGACUAGUAAUCAACAAAAGAGGAAAAGACUUCCUACUAGUAGCUCCGGAUACUAAUCCUCGAUUCCUCUGGGCUGGUAGCAUGCAUGCGUAUGGUCAAGAUCGUCAACACUGACAUGCAUUACGGUAGGUCAAGGUGCAGAGGCUCGGGGCCCGAAUAAUACUUAAGACUCGGAGAUUUCGCGGACUCUGGCCCUUCACGAAAUAUUGUGACCACUCUACCAAAUCAUGGUUGUUUCACAUCCCAAUUCCCUCAGUUAUCCUCCCCUUGACGGAUCUCUCUUUCUCCCUGAAUUGCUGGAGUUCAAUGCGCAACAUAACUCGGUUGUCACCUUCUUUGUCUACAACAAACCUGGCAGCAGCGAUCUGGUCUCUAUCUCACACCUAGACUUCUAUCGAGCUUGUCAUCGUGCCGCACAUCAAAUUAGACCGGGUCGUGCAGGCGCGGACAAUGAAGUGGUCGGCAUCAUCGCCAAUUCAGACACCCUCCUCUAUCACACGGUAUUCAUGGGCAUCAUCUUCGCUGGGCUGGUUCCAUUCCCCGUGUCGCAUCGUAAUUCUGCGGCGGCAGUCUUAAGCAUCAUGCAGAAAACAAAGUGUCGUCGUUUAGUCACCACUCACCACUCUCUCAGUUCCCUGAUCGACGGGAUCAAAGCGGGUAUCGUGUCUAGUGGCACUGAAAUCAGUCGGCUGCAGCUCGACGAGAUGCCUGCGCUGAAAGAUUUGUAUCCUGCGCUUGAUACAGGUUCUCCAGACGAAGAUUUUGUCUCAUACCCUCCCCGAGCCCCACGGUCAUCUCAGGACGACGUAUUAUUCUACCUGCAUUCCUCUGGGAGCACUGGUUUGCCGAAACCUAUUCCAACAACCAACCAGUCUGUCAUCGACUGGUGCACAGCCCCGUGCAUUGUCGACCACAUCGGCGUUUCCGCUCCUAUCCGCGUCGCUGCUGCAUCGUUUCCACCAUUCCAUCUCAUGGGUGUGAUGGCCCAACUGCUAAUACCCACUGUAUCCUUGUGCAGCGUAUCUAUUUACCCACCUGCGUCCUUCCACGACCCAUCAGCGGCCCCCAUAAUACCCAAUUCCCAAAAUAUCCUGGAAUCUGUGCUUAAUACCAAAUCGACCGCUUUGUGGGCCAUGCCUUUCUUCCUGGAGCAAUGGGCAUGUUCUCCCAAUGCUGUUGACAUUUUGAAGACACUCAAAUAUGUCCUCUUUGGUGGUGGCCCACUCGCCUCUAAGACGGGAAAUGCCCUGGUAGAUGCAGGGGUCAUGUUAUCGGUUACGUACGGCGCUACAGAGAUUGGGCCCGUCACUUCUAUAUUCCGGAAUGAGGCCAGGAAAAAGCUUUGGGACUGGCUGCAAUUUAUCCCAAACACCAGAUGGGCUCCUCAGGGCGAUGGAACAUAUGAAUGCCAAAUUCUGACGACUCCAACAUAUCGGGUGUCAGUAGAGAACCUCCCAGACGUCAAGGGUUAUGCUACUUCUGAUUUAUUUAUCAAGCAUCCAACGAUCGAGGGUCUGUGGAAGAUCUCGGGAAGGAAGGAUGAGGUCUUGAUGCUCUCAUCCGGGGAGAAAGUAAUACCAGCUCUCAUGGAAUGCAUCGUCGGGACCAACCCCUAUGUGAACGGCGCCGUCAUCUUCGGCCGUGGACGUAGCCAAGUUGGCAUCCUCAUAGAGCCACGAGCAGGGCAUGAAAUCGACGUCGAUGACGAGGCACAGGUUUCGGAGUUCAGGAAUCGAGUGUGGCCCGAGAUAGAGGAAGCGAACAGGGCGGGGCCUGCCUUCAGCAGAAUCUUCAAGGAAAUGGUACUUGUGACGCGCAGAGAGAAGCCCAUGCCUCGAGCUGGGAAAGGGACCGUCACCAAGAAAGCCGCCAGCCAACUGUACGAAGAGGAGAUCAAUGCCCUAUACGACAAGGUGGAGGGCGGCAGAACAGGUAUCGACGUGCCUUUGCCUAUGAACUGGACUACGGAGGACGUGGAGAGUUGGCUCAUGGUCCAUGCCGCUUCUGUGAACGCUGGCAAGGCAGUCGAUCCUGACACAGACUUCUUUGCUCAGGGCUUUGACAGUCUCUCUGCGACAUUCCUCAGAAACCGGAUCAUCGGUUCCCUUAGGUCGGCACCAGAUCGCGACGUCCAGGCAUCAGCACUGCAAAUUGACCAGAAUAUCGUCUAUCUGAGUCCUUCUAUUCGCCAGCUCGCGAGAAGCGUCAUCCAUGCAGUAUUGCAUGGGAACAGUCCAAGCUCGGUCGAUGUCAAGGCUGAGAUCGAGAGCAUGAUUGAAAAGUAUUCAGUCGGAUUCAGCGCGGACUCUGCCAGAGAUGCCUCCGCCACUCUGGUUAAUGGACGGAGUCGAGGCAAUCAUGUGGUCAUCCUGACAGGGUCCACGGGUGGUCUUGGUUCAUACCUGCUUGCAUCUUUGCUACAGCGUGAGGAUGUGUCAGUGGUAUAUGCCUUCAAUCGGUUGUCGAGGGGCAAUGAAUCAAUUGAACAACGACAGAACAAUAGUUUCGAAGACCGUGGUUUGGACAUCACCCUCCUGCAGUCAGAGAAACUGUUGUAUAUAGAAACGGAUACCGCUAGUCACGACCUGGGUUUGGAGAAGGAGUUGUAUCAGAAGAUCUGCACGUCCGUCACUGUCAUCAUUCACAGCGCUUGGCGACUCGACUUUAACCUGGCGCUGUCGUCCUUUGAGCCUAAUGUUCGGGGAACGCGCAAUCUUAUAGACCUGGCAUUAUCUUCUCCGUGCCAUCCGAAGCCACGCUUCUUAUUCACGUCUUCUAUCUCGACUGCCCAAAGCUGGGAUAAAGCGAAAGGACCUUUCCCAGAAGAGUUACAGUACGACGCGGGCAUCGCAGAGGGCCUUGGAUAUGGCGCGAGUAAAUACGUUUGUGAAAGGGUCCUCGUGAACAGCAAGUUGCCGGCAUCCUCAUUCAGAAUUGGACAAAUAGCGGGAGGACCCCCACGAGGAGCUUGGUCGAAGACGGACUGGCUGCCGAUCAUCGUCAAGUCGAGUGUAAGUCUGGGUGUAUUUCCGGAAGCUCAAGGGCUUCUGUCGUGGAUCCCUACUCACGCCGUAUCAAAUGCCAUUCUUGAUGUGGCUUUCUCACAAGAAGAACCUCCCAUUGCAGUUAAUCUUGUGCAUCCGAGACCGGUAGCGUGGGCCACGCUGAUGCGACCUGUUGCGGACGCCAUCUUUGAUCGCAAGAUAACAAGCGUCCCGAUGCCUCUCAUUCCAUUCUCGGAGUGGUUCGAAAAGGUCGAAUUGAGUGCCAAGAAUGCAAGCGAGGAAAACAUCCAACGCAUCCCUGCUAUCAAGCUUCUUGACUUCAUGCGUGUCAUGUCUCGAUCAGAUAUCGCAAUCAGAGCGUCUGGGGACAUGCGCUCAGAAGUGGGUGGCAUCACCUCGUUCGCGACUGGCGUGGCCCAGCGCGUCAGUCUGACGGUGAAAGAGCUGGAGCCCUUGUCAUCGGUGGCUGCGACACAAUGGGUAGACUAUUGGGAUGCGGUGAGGAUGUUUCGAUGAAUGAUUGCCUAGAAAUGGAAUUUUGUUGGGCCAUUUUUAGUAGGAUUUUCUGAUGGGGCAGUGUACAACAGAUAGUAAGACAAAUUAGACGUUUGCCAAUCUUCUU